AUGACGGUGUUCAAGAGCAAUCGAUACACCUACGUGCAGGUGAUCGACGACGAUGCCGAGCACACCGUGGUGGCGGUCUCGAAUCGCGAGGCCGCGGUCGACGUGCCCAACCGCGCGCGGCGACCUCGGCCGUCUCGAUACCGGGAACGCGGCGAUCGCGGUGAUGGAUUCGAGAAACUCGUGCGGCUCAAUCGCAUCGCGGUAGUCAAAGGUGGGCGCAGAUUCUCGUUUUCUGCGGUGAUGGUGGUCGGCGACCGCAACGGCCACGUCGGUUAUGGGUUCGGAAAGGCGGCAUACGUUGCCGACGCGAUUCGCAAGGGAUCGGAACGGGCGCGCCGCAACAUGGUGAGCGUACCGCUGCGGGCCGGCACCAUUCCGCACCAGGUCAACGGCGUGUUCAAGGGCGCGAAGGUGCUGCUGAAGCCGGCGGCUCCCGGGACCGGCGUGAUUGCAGGCGGCCCGGUGAGGGCCGUGCUGGAGGCGGCCGGCGUGCGUGAUGCGCUGAGCAAGUCGCUGGGCUCGCAGAACUCGAUGAACCUGGUAAAGGCGGUGUUUGAGGGACUGGGUCAGAUCAUGGAGGCGUCCGAGGUAGCCGCCCGGCGUGGGAAGACCGUAGCGGAGCUGUGGCGCUAG